CACGCAUGCGUGUACAAUGAUGGACAAAAUAAUUAUCCGUUCAUUCUUGCAAUGAAAACUUCGUCGUUUGCUUCUUCGAAAUUCGUUAAUUUUGGUAAUUUUUUUCAUUAUUAAACAAUAUUUCAACAUUCUGUUCUAUAAUCUUCUAUUUUAAAUUACUCUAAAGACAAUCGGAACGCAAGAAGUAAUGAAUUGAAAACUGUGGGAUCCUAACUAAGUGCUGAACUUCAUAACAGAAAAUUCAGGAAAGUUCGUCGAAAAAAUGUCUCACUCAAAUAAACUUUAAAAUGUGUUAAUUGAUUGCAUAACAAAUUUGAAGUUAUCAAAAGUCUAGAACAAUGGUUUCUACAAGGCAAAUGACAAUAGGGAACAAUGGGACUGGUGAUGGAAGCCAGUCUCCCAGUGAAGGGCCUGCAAAAUUCACUAGAAACAGUACCAGUACCACAACUACUGUUACUGCGGGGUGCAGUAGUACUGUGCAAUAUAGCAGGGCUCCUACAUUACCAGUGCAAUCAAAAUUUAUUAACAUUCUUGACUUACCCCAAGAAGUCUUAGAGAAGAUAUUUAGCUACUUAAAAUUUAAGAAUAUAUGCCAGCUAAGACUGGUUUCCCGUACUAUAAACCGCGUAUGCGGACAGAUUCUUAAUUCAAACUUUCUACGUUAUCAAAAUCAAAUGCUUCAACGAUUUCAAGAGAUCAAAGCAAAAAUGCCUCGGAGAGAAUCGGCCAGACGUAGUCAUUUUCUUGCCUGCGAAAGCGAUAUUAUAGAAACUCUACAUAUGCGAUUGACACUUCUGCAAAUGACCUUUGGAAAGCAUAUCGAAAGAAAACAUUGCUGUUUCUUUCCUGGCGAAAUUUUAGACGAAGUCAACGAUAUUCUGCAUUAUAUCAAAGUCACUCCCAAGCUGGACUUGCCUUACAAAGUAACCGAUGAAAUGUUUGACUUAUCUACGAUGGCCAUGGAGUAUUUUAAGGAGAAGAUCGAGCCCAAUUUGCCAGAAAUUGCUUACUUCAGUUCAGACUUCUUGAACUUUUCCGACAGAUUUUCAAACUCUUCAUCCUUGCUGGUAGAAACGUCAAAAGAUAGUGGACACGCAUCCACUGAUGAACUAGAGAGUGGAGAGGACAUGGUGGAAACUAUUCCGCAGUCGAAUAUGGUCCUGCGAAAACGCAUUCGCAAGAUCAAGCAGGGCAUGAAACGAUACAAUAAUCAACUCAGUUUGUUGCGACAAGAUCUAAGAUCUUGCAAGAAGAAAACAUCCGAUCAACAGAAACAAAUAACUGAACAACAGAAACAGCUGGCUGAUCAACAGAAACAGACCUUAGAAUAUGCUACCCGUUUAGACGAAUAUGACAAAAAGAAUGAAGAGAUUUCACGGAAAUUUAGCACACUACUCCAAGAGCUGAAUAAAUGCAAGACAGAGUUGCAGUAUUGGAGGUGCAGGUCUCCAACAACUCCGCCAUUCUGUAACACAUGCGGCAAUGCUAUUGCUCCUCAACCAGAGGAAUUGCAAGCUCUUAUGAACCAAGGUGUUAAUCCGGAGGGAUUAGGUUUAGCCGUAGAACCAAUUUCUGACUUAGUAAACUUGGAAAGUUUAGAAGUCUCUAAAGUGGUCGAAGAAGAUUUAAAAAUUUUAGAAAAGAAGUUAGCUCCGUUGGACCAACCGAGCACUUCUGUAGAGACGCUUCCCGUCAAGGUGAAAAGAAAAGUCGACGACGAAGUAAUGGACGAGCAGCCAAAAAAGAAGACGAGGCGGUUCGCCAAGAUACGCAACAAACGCAGUGCAAAGGUUUAAAUAGGUUAAUCUUCACAUUUAUUUUCGUUAGAGGGCAUACAUUUAUGGAAUAUGCUUCAUUAUCGUAGUUGAUGUGUAGCAGACCAGUUGUGAAACAAAAAAUAUAGAUUAGAGAGUUUUAGAAGUUAGGGUAAGUGAACAAUUGUUGCUUAAAGAACUAAGGCGCGGGGAUGUAAAGAAUUAAAUCAAAAUUUUUCUAUAUACGCACACUGUAUGAAUCAAAAGUUUGUAGAGGUUUGUAGUUUGACAUUUUUAGUUCAUUGGCGAUGAGUUUAUCAUAAGAUAAUCUAUUUUCUAAAAACUUAUUUAUAAUUUCUUAGCAAUAAAAUUGUUUGACGUACUAAUAUAAGCAAUCAUAUUGAUUCAAGUUCAACUUACAGACGUUGGGAAGAAAGUUCUGGCGUUUUCGAGGAUUACCAAUUCGUUCUUAUUCUAAUAGUCCAAGAGGCAGCGCUGAAAAAUCUCUUUGAAUUUAGUAAAGCUAGAUUUUUUACAGUUGAUUACUGUGAUUGUGUAGAGAAACAUACUGCGGUCGGUCAAGCGAAACGUAGAACAGGGGUUACUAAGAGGGUAUCAAAGUUGCUUUCCUACGAAAGUAAUUAAAUUCAUUUACUAAGGCUGAAAAUCGGUACACACAUUCUAAACUGAAUAUAAAUAAAAGUUAUUAUAGUCGGUCAGCUGUAUGACGGGACAGAGCCGGUCGGUCGGCCCCAAUGAAUGUACAGGGUUAUUCACUAUAUUUUGACCUCCUUGUAAACUGCUUUAUUUACAGAAUUAGAAAAAAAUGUAAAGUACAAAAGUUAUUCGAUUUUUAAAUUAUGGUUUUUUGACAUAUAUAUCGUACUAGUGACGUCAUCCAUUUGGGCGUGAUGACGCAAUAGACUAUUUUUUAAAGGGGAAUAGGAGUCGAGUGCUAGCUCAUUUGAAAGGUUAUUCAAUUCACUAUUCAGUAAUAUAAACAUUAACAUGAAUAAUUAUACAGGGUGUCCAAAAAAUUUUUUUUAAUUAAAUUAAUUGUUUAAUUAAUAAUUCAAAUUUUUUUUAGACACCCUGUAUAAAUAAUGAUCUUAAUGUUUAUAGUACUGUAUAGAGAAUUGAAUAACCUUUCAAAUGAGCUAGCACUCGACCCCUAUUCCCCUUUAAAAAUAUAGUCGAUUACGUCAUCACGCUCAGAUGGAUGACGUCACUAGUACGAUAUAUGUCAAAAAAUCAUAAUUAGAAAAUCGAAUAACUUUUGUAUUUCACAUUUUUUCUAAAUCUAUAAUAACUUUUAUUUAUAUUCAAUUUAGAAUGUGUGUACUUGAUGUUUUCAGCCUUAGUAAAUGGAUUUAAUUACUUUCGUAGGAAAGCAACUUUAAUACCCUCUUAGUAACCCCUGUUCUACGUUUCGCUUUACCGACCGCAGUAUGUUUCUCUACACAAUCACAGUAAUCAACUCUAUAAAGGUGCCUAUCUUCUAAAGAUGUUGGCGACCACAUUGACCCAUCUUAUUCUAUUCACAGCAGCUCGAAAUAGAUCAAUUGACGUUAGACCUGUCCACUUCCUAAGAUAUGUCACCCAGGAUAUACGUCUACGUCCAGGGGCUCUCUUGCCCUCAAUCUUGCCGUGUAGAAUCCACUGUAGAGGUCAGCAUUUAUUAUUACGCAUAAUGUGACCGAAGUAAGCCAAUUUUAUGUUCUUUACAGUGUUAAUAAUUUCUGUGUCUUUUCUUAGCCUCUGGAGAAUAGUUUUGUUAAUUAUUGUGUGGUGUAUAUAUGAGACCCUCAACAUAAGUCGGUAGCACCACAUUUCAAAUGCCUCUAAUCGUUUUAUGGCAUCUUCUGGCAUUGUAUCGGAGGCGGCAAACACUUUUCGGAGACAUCGAAGUGACUCCAAAUAUAUAUGGCACCCACCCACUAAACUUGUACAAGCUGGUACAUGGUUCCAGAAUUAUGGAAUGGGUUUCAUAAACGAAUGGAAGAUGUACAAUAAGCCAAGUUGGUGCAUUACAACCGGUUCACAACAGACGGCUUCCAGGAAAAAAAUGGCAUCUUCUGUAAGACUCCAGUUUUCUAUUCUGUAGAGAAGGACCAAUCUUCCUAAGAACAUUAAAAGAGCUUUUGACUUUUUCCAUUCGAGUUUUUAUUUCGUAGCUAUGAUCCAAGUAUCUUUAAUAUUGCAACCCAAAUAGCAUAUUUUCUACAAUCUUUCUAACGGUGUAUCGCUUAUUGUAAUUUGGGCGUUUACGGUUGUGUUCUUACUAAUGAUCAUUAUUUUUGUCUUCUUACAAUUUAGUUUUAGACCGUAUUUGUUACAUGUUUCCAUCUUUAAUGUUACAGUAUCCAUCAUCGUUUGGAGUUCCUGCGGACUAUCUGCUAGCAAUACUGUAUCGUCUGCAUAUCUAAUAUUGUUUAUAAGUUGGCCAUUUAUUACAAUACCAUCUUCUGAUUCGUCCAAGGCCUCUCUAAAGAUGUUUUCAGAGUACAGUGGUACCUGGAUAAGUCGGAUUAAUCGGGACCGCGGCCGAUCCGGGUUAGACGGAGAAUAUGGUAAAAAGUAAUAAAACACUGCAUACUAACAGGUAAACUUCAUUAUAAUUGCGAAAACAUGAAAUACGUAUGGACAAUAGAUCUAAAUUACGUACAGUUGUAUACAGUAUUGUUCAUUUCUUGGUAAAAACUCAGUCAAACUGAAAAAAUGUUUGUUUUGUCUGAUGAAAAUCGGUCCGGGUUAUCGGAGGCCGACUUAUCGGGGUUCCCAUGUAUAUGUUAAAUAAUGCUAAUACCACCAAUUCGUUCUAAGCGAAGAAAACCUAAUAUUUUCCCGAUUUUGGUGUCAUUGUCAACUGUCAUAUGUCAUGGUUCAUCAAAUCUGUCACCUGUCAAGAUUUUGGGUGUAACAAACAUUGUCAUCAUAUUUUCUUUGGAGCGGGAACGUUUAAAAAAUCUAGUUUCACCGUGAAUCUCUGAGUUACAAUGUAAUUGAUAUCCAAGAUAAACAGUUUGAUCACCUUGCUCAAGUUUGGUACUGUUUACAUAUAUAGGUUUUGUGUUCUGUUGUUUAUUUAUUACGAGUAAUUUGAUUUUCUGUGUGUUCAGAUCCAGACCUGCUUCCUCACAGCUCUCAACGACACUCAAGUAAUGUUUGCAGAUCUUCUUGAGGAGAAACUUGGUGUACUGUGUCGUCCGCACAUUGCAAAUUAUUGAUGACUUAUUAUUGAAGAAUUAUUAGAAGAAUUAGAAGAAUUAUUAUUGAAGAAAUAUUGAAGACCAUUCACAAUUAUUCCUUCUUGUUUUUCAGAAAGUGCAUUUCUGAAAAUUCUUUUGGAGCUAACGUAAAAAGCAGGGGCGACAAGAGGCAUCCCUGCCGUACUUCUCGUUAAAUAUUAAUGUCUGUGAUUAUAAAACCGUUACUAAAACUGAGGUUGUUUGAUUCUCUUAGGUGUCGAUAAGAACUAUCAUUGAUUGGAAAAAAUGAACCACAAUAUAGUAGCGCGUUAUUAUGCUUUUACUAUUUUUUUAUGCAUCACAAUAAUUAGUGAUCGGAAAGAGAUAACGUGUGAUCCAAAAUUAUUGUCACCGUAGGUGGCUCUGAACGACAGAGAUAGCUAUACAGUGCAUGUCUAUUAUUAAUUCAGAUAUACGUUCCAGUUUACGUCAACUUUGACAGAUACUUGUCAGUGUACUGACAUCAUCAUAGUUAUUAACAUCUUAGUAGAUGUGUUGUGGUUCAUAAUUGGGCUUCAGCAGCUCGGACAGUUUGAUUGAUAAUAUUUCUCCACUGGUCGCGGUCAUCAGUUACAUGUAUUGCCUCAGUAUACUGUUUGUUGAGAAGCUUUUUAGUAAUGUCCGCCCAUCGCUGUGGAGAUCUUCCGCGUUGGCGUUGAGUCUGAGGCCUUCCUUGGACCACCAACCGCUCCAUUUUGUGAUCACUCCGAUGGAUAUGACCAAAGAACUUUAAAAUUCUAGAGUAAACGGUACUGGAGAGGCGCUGAUCCGGUUUAAUUUCAUCCAGAACCGAGUCAUUUGUACGGCGAGCCGUCCAUGGAAUUCGAAGCAGGCGUCUCCAUGUCCACAUUUCAAAGGCGUCUAUACGUCGUCUAUCUGAUUCUUUGACUGUCCAUGUCUCGCAUGCAUAGUAAAAUAUGCAAAAGACCAGAGUUGAAACGAGUCUCUUUUUGUUUGUCAUAGUAAUGUGACGAUCACGCCAGACCCCGUUUAGUUCACUCAUUGCUGCUCUUGCUAGUUGAAUGCGUCUUCUAAUUUCGGGUUCACAACUGCCUGUGUUGUUAACUAGAGCUCCAAGAUUACCUCGCAUCCCGCAGUAGUUUGGGUUUCAGGAAAUUGUUGUUGGCGAUCAAUAACCAUGAUUUUGGUUUUGUUGUAGUUAACCAUGAGUCCAAAUUUAGCACUUUCUACCUCGAGUUUUUUUAAUAAUUCAAUAAUUUCUUCUGGAGUAGAGGCUAGAAGUGUAGUGUCGUCUGCGAAACGCAAGUUAGAUAUCUUAACACCACCUAGGUUUACUCCUCCCUCCCAACCAUCCAAGACUCUGCGCAUUAUGAACUCCGAAUAUAUGUUAAAUAAUAAGGGAGAUAAAACGCAUCCUUGGCGUACUCCCUUCUCCAAAGUGCAUUUGUCAGACAGGUAUCCGUCCAUUCGAAUAUAUGCCAGGUUAUCUUGGUACAGUUUGCUAAUAAGGUGAGUCAAGUGUUUAGGUACACCCAUUGUCGUCAAUAUGUUCCAUAGUUUGUCCCAUCUAACAUUAUCAAAGGCCUUUGUAUAAUCGACGAAACAUAUAAAUAUCGGGAUCUGGUAUUCUCUGGCUUUUUCUAUGAUGUUUCUUACAUUAAGGAUUUGUUCUCUAGUACCUCUGCCCUUUACAAAUCCAGCCUGCUCAGGUGCUAUUUGCCAACUCAUGAAGUUUUCUAGACUCCGUUGCAGUAUGUAGAGGAUCACCUUACUGGCGUGUGAUAUUAGAGCUAAUAGCCUGUAGUUGUUACAAUUAUUUGUUGAACCUUUCUUAUGAAGAGGUAUGAUUAUGGUCUUUCUCCAAUCCUCAGGCCAGAUGCCAUAUUUCAUUACACAAUCGAUGUAAUAUUUUCACUCCACAUUCCGGAAGAUGCUUCAAGACGUCUGCAGUAAUGAGAUCAUAUCCUGCUGCUUUGUUUAACUUAAGUAUUUUUAAAGCGAAUUCCACAUCGGAAAAAAGUAUGUCAGGUUCAGAUUCAAAACUAGUGUGGUGUGUCUCUGUUGAAGGAGAAUGGAAAGUGGAGGUCUGGCAGUCAGGUAGAAACGGGGUGUCCGCUGGCAUCUGGUCCGUAUUGGCGUAUAAAGACCUACAAUACGCCCUCCAAACAUCAAUAACCUUGUCCAAAUCCGUCUUUACAUUACCUUCAUCAUCUUUGAUAGACCAAGAUUUCUGCUUGAAUUUACGUGUGAGUAGUCUGACUUUAUCAAAGAGUUCUUUGGUGUUAUUUGUAUCGGCAUGUAGUUGAAUUUCUCUGCAGAUUUUCUCUAUAUGCUUGUUUUUGUCUCGUCUACAAGCAGCCUGAAUAGCUCUAGAUAGCUGUCGGUACUGGGAAUUCCUGAGAGGGUUCUCGAUUCCAGCAAUUUUAAGUUUUCUACGUUCUUCAACGAGGUCAAAAGUAUCUGCAGGCAUCCACACUUUUUUUGGUCCGGUUGAGACGGCAUUAGACUGUGCCUCGCAGUCAGCAAAGGGUUUUAUCAAGGUAUUUUUAAAAGAUAACCCAAUCUUUUCGGAAUCAUGAGUGGCAAUAGUUGGUAAAAUAUUUUCGAAUCUUUCAUUACAUUGGCUUUUAAAUUGUUGUGUAUCUUUUAUUUUUGAUAUCCUCUUGUUUCGGAUCCUAGCACAUGCAUUGAAUUUUUGCUUUAGCGUUGCAAAAAGAAGUUGGUGGUCAGAGCCGCAGUCAGCGCUAGGUCGUGUUUUACAUUGGCUAAUAGAUGUUUUCCAGCGAUGUUUAAUCAUUAUGUAAUCGAUUUGAUUUCGGUGUCGUCAGUGUACGUACGUUAACUUAAAAAACACUAUAAUUGAACAUAAAAAGUAGCAGAGGAAGCAAAAUUUUAACUUUAUACGAAUUAAAAGGUCUUGAAAUUGAGUAUCUUUUCAACGUGUUUUCAAUCUUUAUUCUUUGUUUGGAAAAUUGAUCAUAACAACACUGAAUAUAGCCGCAGUUGGCCGUGACGUCACACUCCGGCGGUCUUUCAGAUUAAAACAAGACAUGCGUAAUUUUUUGCACGGAUAGCUUUGAUCCCAAUAAUUGUGGAUCGCUCGUUACUUCUCCUAUUCUUUGGAAGACGCCAUUAAGCAAUAUUCCUGACAACAUGACACAUCACAACAGUAUAUGAACUGCAAUGUUUGCUUUCAAUGUCAGCUGUCAUAUGUCAUCUUUCACCAAUAACGUCGGUCAAGAUUAUGAAUGUAGCAUUCAUCGUCAAGAUAUUUCUUUUUAAAAGCAAUUUUUAGACGGUUUUGACUUGAAAUUAUCAAUAUGAUUAGUUUAUAAGCUAAAAACUUCACUGUUUGAAAGAAAUGAGCCAAAAUAUAAUAGACUUUUGAGUAUUAUUUCACAUGCAUCGCUGUAAUGAUUGACUGGAAGGAGAUACUUCGUCCUAAAGCUUCCAUUGUAGAUAUUAUGGAGUAUAAAAACAAGCACUUAAUCGAAAAAAAAAACCCUACAAACAUUUAUCAACGACCCUACCGACUUACUUCUUUAAGCUCCUAUUGUUAUGUGAUGUAGGGAUUUUGACUAAAAACAUCGGGAGACUGGUUCCUUGUGAAAAUUUUGCCCCCUCCCAUCCUUCCUCUCAUUUUUCUAGUUGUAGCUUAAUCCUCACGCACUGCAACUUUUUCGAAAGCCGCCACCUUUCAAAAGUAACGAAUGAUAUUCUUUUUGAAAAUUUGGGGAAGUCCAUUAUUACGUAGAUGCGGUUGGGCAACGAGCGGUUCUUAACAUGUAUAUCAAAGUACAAUGAAUCGAAUUUUGGUUCUGUUCUGCGUUUUAACAUAUUGCGUGCGCAUGGCUCCGAUCGGAGCCAGUGUGAUACUUUACUAUGUGCGCAUCACUGCGAUGGGAGCCAGUGUGAUACCUUACUAAUUGCGCAUGACUCCGAUUGGAGACAGAAUGUUAAUAAUUAUUUAAAUGAAUUGCACCAUUAACAUACCAGUUCGUUUUAAUGCUUUUUGCGUUUAUUAUAAUAUAAUUUUGGAAAUUUUUGCGAAUAAAUGUAGCUAGAAAACAAAUCUUCAAACGAAAUAUGAGUGAUUUGUUAGAAGACAUGAAUGUCCUGGUCUUAAUGCCUAAAAAUUGGUACUUCAGCUACAGUUUUGCACUAUAUUGGGACUCAUUAGAUAGUUGUAUGUUGGAGACAAACAAGGAGACAGAAAAGCAGGUCUUUCAACCCUUUCGUUCACGAAUUAAAUUUCUUUAAGCUAAAAGUCUGAAAUUUGCAACAAAGCAAGAAUGAUUUUUUGCAAAUUUUUGCUAUUAGUUUUACAUUUUCAAGAUGCACAGUUUGGUCACGAAAAGUUGUCCUCAUGUGAGCCAAUCGAGUAAAAAUAUUAGAUAUUUUUUUUUAAUACUGACAAAAAACAAAUAUUUUAUUCAAUAAGUAAUGUAUGGUAUCUGACAAAACAAUUUUUUUAUUUACUUAUGUAGAGAUGAACAUUGCGUUUGUCAUAUGUCAUUCGUGAUUUGUUAUAUUUGCCUAAAAAUUAUCUUUUCCGUUGACUCACAACGUACACAAACAAGUACAUGCUUUUCAGAAAAGCCGUGGUAGCGAAUUUUAAGCAAAACUGCUACAAACAAUAGUUUUUUAACAAAUUUCCCUCAUAAGUAACUAUAAAAACCUAUGGGUACAUAUAAUUCAAAAAAUUAAAUGUUUUGUUCAAAAGCCCUUAGAUGGCAGCACAGGUACUCAUUGGACGGAAAAGGAUGUCUAUAAUCAGGGGCAAUGUGUUACAAGAGUAAAAACACAUGGAGCUGCAUACAAAAAAAUAGAAUAGGUUGUCUUCAAUCGAGGACACGGUGUACGAAAGGGUUAACCUACUGAUGGUCUGAUGGUGAACUUUAAUAUAGAGCGAAACAUGUCCGGGAGUCCAAUUUUUUUACAGAAAGAGCAGACCGCUGCUCUUUAUAAGCAAAUUAUCUCUGGAAAAGGUAUUGUUGGUUGUAGCAUCAAAUUAACCAGGCAAGUUUAUGACUUGCGUCUUUUUUAUUUUUGACUAUAUCAGUUUUUUCUUUCUGCACUUAAAAUUUUUGUAAAGUUUAAGAAAAAAAAUAGUUCUUCCUGGGAGUCUGACCUCGAUUUUGUCUUAUUUGUCUUUGUCUCUAAUGGUAAGGAUAAUCUCGGGCAUCAGAGAAGAUGUGGAAACUUUUUUUUCACUUCAUUUCAGUUGAAGCUGUCACAAGUGCUCCUGACGAGAGGUGAAUACUUCGAAACACAAGUAGAGCAAUGGUGUAGCUUGAAUUGAAAAGAAAUGCAAUCGUGUACUUUCUUGUUAGAAUGCCACUAAGAAAAAUUGAUAACUACAAUAAUCAACUUUAACAUAAAAAUGUCGUGGUGAGAGUUUGUCCUUUCAGAGCAUGAUCGCUGGGGGCCAGAUCUGGACUAUACGGUGGGUGUGGAAGCAAUUCAAAGCCCAAUCGUAUAUUUUAUCCAUCGUUUUCAUCAAAUUGUGACACAGUGCAUUGUCUUGGUGAAGCAACAAUUUUUUCUUCAACAAAAUUUGUUGUGUCAAAAUUUGUCAUUUAAUGAGGCCCCAUUCUUUGCGAUUUCGGUCUUCAAACGCUCCAAUAAACCAAUACAGUAGUCACUGUUGAUUGUUUCAAGUAGCAAUAACAAUAAUUCCUUGUUUGUUGUAUAUUUGGACGGCUUUUUCCGGGUGUUGUCCACUCAGAUGACUGCCAAUUUCAUUCCGGAGUGAACUGGUGGAUCCACGCUUCAUCCAUUGUGACUUAUUCCGAUUAAACAUGUCCAAACAGUACAUGAUUCCUCAAUUCUUUGCUGUUUUUGGUCUGGUGUGAGAAAACGCGACACCCAUUUGGAAAACAGAUUUCUCAUACCCAAUGUUCAUGUAUAAUAGUCAAAAAGCUCUCCUUUUUUAUUUGUAGAGUGUCAGCUAUCUCUUUCAACCUCAUUUUGCGAUAUUUCAUAAUAUUUUUCCCCGUUUUUUCGAUUUUUUCGGGAAUAACUGCCCCAUUUGGCCCUCCACAGCGCCCAUCAUUAUUGUUGUCUGUACUUCCCCGUUUUAAUUCAGCAAAUCAUCGUUUAAUGGUUAUACUCGAAGAGCAAGAGUCCCGCUGACAUUUGUUGAUCCAUUGCUCAGUUUGGACAGUAUUCUUCCCAUCAAAUAACAAGGAUAAACCCAUGAAAUUGUUUUGAAUCCAUUGUUUAGAAAAAUCAUAAAAGUAGAGCCACUUCAAGCCCUGGUCAGGAAUGCGUAUGUCAGGAAAUUUUGACAGUAUGCUUUUGAUGGUUAGGACUGCCGAAAUGUCAUACGGAAAAUUUAUUAAAGACGCCAUCUCAUGGUUAGACCCGAGACUUAUUGACCGACAUAUUAAAAACGUCCACAUUGUACUAAAUUGCUCUCUAGAAUCCUAGUUACUGCAAGUUUUUUUUUUAGUGUGUUUACAGGCCAUUUAGGCCCAGAACUUUGUUGUUCUUUUCCAUAGCUUUUUGUUAUUUGUCAACUUCUUCCAGUCUGUUAUUCCUUUUUCCUUUAGGUAUUCUACUACCGCCUCUCCAUCGCUUUCGUGGUCUUCCUCUCUUUCUUUUAUAAUCUGGUACUCUCCAUGCUAUUUUCUUGACCACUCUGUCAUCGUUCAUUCUUUCUAUAUGGCCCAGCCACUGCAGCCUUCUUGAUUUUAUGUCGCUAUCUACUUGUGGUUAUUUGUAAAUAUUAUAAACUUCCUCAUUUGUCCUUCUUAUAUACCCUUCCUCUGUUCUCUUCCCACCUAAUAUACUUCUCAGUAUUUUCCUUUUCCAUCUUCUUACUGUUUCUUUUGUUGUUUGGUUGAGUAUCCAUGUCUCACAUCCGUAUAUCGCUGUUGACCUUAUUAUAGUCUUGUAAAUCCUGAAUUUUGCAUUCCAUGACAGCUGUUUUGAUCUUCGUAAAUAAUUCAUGGCUCCCGCGGAUCGAUUGGCUUUACUUAAUCUGGCAUACAGUUUUUUUCAUUUCUUCACACUUGUUUGUUAUCCUUGCUCAUAGAUAAAUAUAUUCGUCUAUUUCCUCAAACUUAAACUCUCCUAAUUGUGUGCUUACAUUGAAUUUUGUUCCAUCUCUCCUUUCUCUUUCUUACUAAUAAUACAGAAAAUUCAGAUAAAAGAAAAUGAACUAAAAGAACUAUUCUCUUAAAACCAUAAACGGUUAGCCCCACGUUGGGCGCCAUUGAAACAAAUAAAAGAUGAACUUCUGUUGGAGUGAAAGUAAAGAGAAAGAUAAACUCCAACAGAAGUAAGGAAAACAUGCAGGAAGAGAUAUAAGUUAAUGGGACAAAAAUGAAAAUAGAUGGGAUCUAGAGAAGAGAGUGAAGUGGCUUCUACGUUAAGAAGCCGCUGUAGGAAAAAUACUACUUUCCAGUAGUAUUAGUGGAGGAAAGUGAAAGGAUGUAGAAGUGAAGAGAAGGGGAUAUUAAAUAGAAUUGGCUAGCAAGAGAACAACUUGACACUCAAGGAUGGAUACGGCUUGUUUGCAUGCCUGUCGAAGAACAGUAGCUCUAAGUAGAUAAUAAUGAUGACUAAAAGGUGAAAUAAGAAAAUAAUAAUAAUGUACUGAAAAUUAAUGAAGAUGAAUAAUUGCUAAAGACGAACAAAAUAAAUAAAACUAACAAAUCAUGGGCGCCAAGAAAAUGAUCUUUGAUCACUCUCCCAGGUAUCUUACACUGCGGUCAAAUAUUAAAUAUAUUAAAUAUAUAGGUAAAUGUAAAUAUAAAGGAAAUAAGAAUAAAUGAUGUGCAAAAUAAAUAAACAUUUAUUAAAAUUAACUACCAGAGUUUUAACAAUCUCUGAGUUAGACCAAAUUGAAUAUAAUGUGACUUUAAAAUGACAAAGUUAUACAAAAGUUAUACAUGACAAAAGUUAUAUCUAAGAUAACAACAAUAAUGUUACCUGUUACAAAAUUUACAUAAGUACCUCUUAUUUACAUAUAGGGUACAACUCGCAUGAGAUUUCUACCAAAUGGUUAUAGUACGCCUGCUACGUACAACUAAAUUAAAACCGACAAAUAUUAAAAGUAAUAUAAAUAAAUAGGCACAAGCCUGACGAAGAGAAAAUACAAUAAUGAAUUAAACAAAUUAAUGAAUAAAAGUGAUAGAAAUGAAGUUAAGAUAAAUACCGAAACGACUAUUUAACCGAACAAAUGAAGUAAAGCGAAUAGAACAACGAAAUAUCUGGGAAACGAGCUACUAAUAUUACAAAAUAAAUAUCAAACCAAUAAUAAAAUAUAAAAACAUAGUUUUCUAGGCCUGAUUACCUUGUGCACACAAGUAACUUACCAUAGAUCGUAAAUAAGUUUGGGAACCUAAUACAAUAGUAUACAAAUAUGUCAUAAAAAAACAGAGGUAAACUAAAUCUGGAAAAAAAAUUAAUUAACAUAGUGCAUUAAACCGAGAGUCUGAAAUAUAAACACUAUAGUUACUCAAAUCCACAAACUUUAAAUGUUCCCAAACCAAUCCCUUUAUCGAAAGAUUUCAAGGUAAAGUCUGAUGCUGCAAUCCAUAAAAUUUACACCAGAGGAGGUGCUAAACCAUGUUUCCUGUAGGUACAGGUGGAAAGAUGACAAAAAUGGGACUGGAAUGUCCCAUCACUUGCUCCCAAAUCGACAUACUCCCAAUGGUGACUUGGCUGCGGCUGUCUCAGGGCUUCUCAAGAUGUUUUAAGGGCUAUGACUUGGUAUAUUUCUUCCAAAUGGCUAAAAACAUAUCCUUCGUUUUAUUUCUCAUAUAAACCGGUGAGCAAAAAGUAAAGAGAAGAAGAAAUAAGUAGAUGAGAAAAACCUUUUUAGAAGAAAUAUGUAAUACAGAAAAAGCAGCCAUUAAAUGGAGCAAAAAACUAAUCUCAGGUAACCUUGAACUAUUUUGGGUGUGAAGAUAUGAACAAAUAAUGACAUUGAAUUUGAAAUUUGAAUAUGAGUUAUCUGAGGGAAUAUAUUUGUAAAAAUAUAUUGAAUUUAUAAAAAUAUUGGAUGUUCAAUAAAUUUAAAACCUACAGAGAAAUGAUAAGUAUUUCCAAUAUUAAUUAAGAAUUGCAUAUGUUUGGUUAUGUCUAACCAAAAAAUAUAUUAAUAUAUAAUUUUCCUUAAGUGAAUAUUUAAUAAUCGAAAUAAUCUACAUAAAAUCCAAAUAAUGAGUUGACUAAGAAAUUUAACAAUGAACCUAAUAUAUCAAAUGUUCCAUCACAAAAAAAAACCAGGCUAUAUAUAAAAAAAUUAUGAAAAAAUAAAUAUUUUACCGAGUGAUUCUUAUCCAGAUUCCAUUUGUGUUUUACACUUCUCUCCUUUCUCCAAAACAACAAUUGGUAAUAACUACUUUUCACUCAAACUGGAGAUGUUAAAUAUAAAUAAUUUAGUUGAAAUUAUUAACCCACCAUUUCGUCGAGACAGCCAACAGCCAAGUGGCGAACGAGAUGCGUUUCUCUGCCAAGGUCAACGUCAAAUUCUCUCAGAACACGAAAUAAUUCUCAAUAGGUGGCGUAUAUAGAACGUUCCAUCACCGAGGUAUGACGUCACGUAAGUAGUCCUUUACGAGAAAGUUACAGAAAUUAAUUAAGUGAUCAAAAGAAAAUAAUUAAAAAAAUAAUUAAAGCGCUAAAAUGAUAUUAUAACGGGUGGACUUGCUUUUAUUUUGAUUUAUUUGUAGACCCAACUUAUACGAUUCAUUUACUAAUUUUUCUGUUAUCUCUUUCAGGAUCUUUUCACUCGUCGCUACAAUUGCCACAUCAUCUGCAUAUCCCACUAAUUGAUGACUCUUGUACAAUAUGUGCCCAUUUCUAUUUCAGUUGCUAUUCCUAAUGAGUUUUUCUAAAGGCGCCAUCUCAUGGUUAGACCCAGGUCUUAUUGACUGACGUAUUAAAAACGUCCACAUUGUACUAAAUUGCUCUCUAUAGAGCGUUUCACGUUCAUUAGGGAUAGUCUCAUGUAUUUCUUAUGGACGAUAGAAGCGCAUCGAUGCCACGCCGUACUGACUAGAAUGAAUCGUAUAUCGGCAGUCGAGUAUCCACCCGUGUGCGAGAGCUUUGGCAACGCUGGUCUCCGUAAGCGUAACGUUAUAUUCUUAACGUAAAACAAAGUAUAGAAUCGCAGUUACUGCAAGUAUUGCAUAUAAUUCGAUGCUGAGUACUUUGAUAUAUAACCAGUGUUUGAUAUUCAUCAACUGCAUGCAAUUUUCAAUUAAAAUCCCCAAAUUUAAGAUGCGGAAUAUCGUCACAUUUGACGUAGAAAGUACAAUAAUAAAUAAUCAGCUUUAAGAAAAUAUUGCAAUCACUGUCUAUUGUAUAUUGUCGAUAUCCACUGUAUAUUUUAUAAAACACUAACAUUUCGAAUAAAGACAGAAUGUUGCUGAAAUCUUAAGUGGUGUAAAAUGACAGCGGAUAUGUCCCAAGUGUCCAUAUUUUUGUAGCCAACACAAAAUGAUGUGUCUAGACACAAACUAUGUUAUCUCAUUCAAGUUUUAAUGAAUUUUGUUGUAGAUGAGUUGACGGACAAUAUUUUCAGGAAAAGGGGAAUUUAUUAAAAAGGAUAAAAUAUAGUAGGUGUAACAAAUUUAUUGCCUUAUGAUUGGCAUAAGGUGAUUGAGGUACCUACGAAUGAUAAUUUUGGAUACAGUGCAAAUAUUCCUUGUACAGAGUGAAUCAACGAUGCGAUAAAGGAACUUAAUGUAUACAGAUCAAAUUUCCUUUCAAUGACAUAUUAUUAUGGCUAGUAAAUUAUUAUGCAUUAAAAAAUGUAUAUGCAUUCUUCUAACUAUACCUCACUGAAUUUUCUUAAACCUUUCUUGAUAUUCAGCAUUGCUUAAUAUAAUUUCAUUGGAUUUUUUUAUUACACAAGGUAUCAUUCGAGUUCUUCCAUUUACCAUCUUAUUUGUAGUGGUAACUCCAGUUUCCAGUGAACGUUGUUAUUAAAAAGAAAGGCUAGUAUCUACGGGGUGGCCAGAAACUCCCUUUACACUAAUUAAUUGUUUUUGUUAUACUGCACAGGGAAGAAAUAACAGAUUUGUUUGUGAGUUAUUUAUUAAUUAUUUAUUUAUUCAAAACAACGGUGUGCAUACCUCUAUUGUCGCAAUACAGCUUGAUACGACGCCAUGUUCGUAUGUUCAUGCGUCUCAUGAUCGGAGUAACAGAUGUAAAAGUUUGGCGAACUCCGUUUUGCAUGCCCUCAUUCGAAACAUCUCUGCGUUUUCUAACCUCCCUUCUAAUGAAACCCCAUAGUGCAUUUUCAGGCAUAGUCAAAUCUGGACUUCUUAGAUCUGUAGAGCUGGUCAUCAUCAUCAUCAUCAUUCUCUUUGCCUUAUCCCUAUGCAGUACCAACAUGUCCUGCCUUAUCGUCUCCCCCCAGGUCUUCUUUGGUCUUCCUCUCCUACUCCUUCCAGGAAUCUGCACUUCAGCUAUUCUUCCUAUUGGGUGAUUAACGUCUCGCCGUUGAACAUGACCAAACCAUCUUAACCUAUGGUCUCUCAUUUUGGCAUCAAUUGGUGCCACACCUAGACUUCCCCUAAUAUACUCAUUUCUAAUUUUAUCCUUUGUCACUCCACUCAUCCAUCUAAGCAUUCUCAUUUCCGCCACAUGCAUUCGUUGUUCCUCUUUCUUUUUCACUGCCCAACAUUCAGUUCCGUACAUCAUAGCCGGUCUUAUGGCUGUUUUAUAGAAUUUUCCUUUCAGCUUCAUUGGAACUUUUCUGUCACACAACACACCACUCGCUUCUUUGCACUUCAUCCAUCCAACCCUAAUUCUACUGCAUGCAUCUCCAUCUAUUUCUCCAUUACUCUGUAAUACCGAUCCUAGUUACUUAAAACUAUUGCUUUUCAAAAUCAUUUCACCAUCCAAAGAUACCAUUUUAUUUGUAGUAGCUCCAUCUUUAAAUGAACAUUCCAAAUACUCUGUUUUUGUCCUACUAAGUUUUAAACCUUUUUCCUCCAGAGCUUGUCUCCAAUGUUCCAGUUUUUGUUCUAAGUCUCUUUCACUAUUUCCUACUAACACGACAUCACCAGCAUCAUCAUCUGUAGAGCUGGUAUAGCUUAAAUAAGUCUAUAUUCUCUCUACUAUGGUCAUAAAUUAGAUAUGACAAGCAUAUUGUUCAAAAUAGUCGCUGUGGAACAAUAGUAUACAGAGGAGAGCAUACUCAUCUAUAGCUUAUUUCGAUCCAUAAGCUUGUGCUUGUAUAAUAUCAAAAACGUACUAAGACAGGAACCAAGAGAGCAAAAAAUUGAAAAGAGAAAACUGAAUUGGUUUGGACAUAUAACUAAAAUGAACGAGAAGAGACUAGUAAAGAAGGUGACAGAUGCCAAAAGACAGGGGAGAAGAAGAAGGGGUAGACCUAGAAAGGGGUGGAUGAAACAAACCCAGGAAAUCGUGACCAAGAGAGGGAAAAUAGUGCAACAGAUCAAUGGCAAGAGACCGGAAGGUGUGGAAAAAUAUGGAAAGAUGGAUAGAUGAUAGCAAAGUCCGACGCUCUUAUUGAGCAUAAGGACAACGAGAAGAAGCUUUUAUAACAAUUAAAAAUGUCGUCCAUCUACCCAAAAAUCUUCUACAUCCGAAAACGUGUUCAUAUACAAUGCCUCACAUGUUCAAAAAUACAUCUCAUUGUGAAAUACCCCGUAGAUACUUACAUACGUUUAAAAUGUGCUUAUUUGCUAACAACAAUAUAUAUCAAAAAAAGUUCUUUAACUUCCCUUAAAAAGUUGUCUAAAUCUAAAAAUUCCUUUAAUUCUUACACAGUAUUAAAAACAAUCAGUAGUGACACUCUCGCCGGCGCCAUUGAAGUUUUUGAAAUCUCGUUUUGUAGAGGCAGCCAUCUUGUUAUCUGUCAUAUGAGGUAAAAAGUUACGACCGGACUGGCUCAAUGAAAAAUCUUUCUGGUAAAUUACUAAAUACCCUAUUGUAGGACUUACGCCCGGUUUCAUAAUCAACUUAAAGUGAACAUUAACUAAAGUUCACUUUAACGUUGACAUUUACCCAUAUGAAUUGCAUUGAUAAAGGUACCAACUUAAAAUUUAAAGUCCACAUUAACUGAUUAUGAAACCGAGAGUUAGGGUUAGAAAUAUUGGACGAAUUAAAUAGGUCAAAUAAAUUAUCAAAUCUUUGAAUGAUCUCAGUAGUUCCAACAGCUUCAAGAGGCAGCAUAUUAAAACGAAUGUACAAGGUUAAACCAGCAGCAAUUGUGCUACUACGCACCUGAGUUGAUAGUCAAAUCUUCAAGAUUGAAAGUAUGCAGAACUGGUAUGGAAAGUGUCAAUACUGUUUGUUAUAAAUACUGGGUUGCGUUGAGAGCUGAAAUACUUUUGUUAUAUACAGGGUGAGUGAUGAGGAACGCACCAAACUUGAAGACUGUAUAAUAUACGUAAUAAUAACAAUUAAAAAUAACUCAUAUGUUGUUAUUCGAUUUUCAUUUGUUUCCAAGAUACGGGGUGUUAAAAUUUUUCUUACAAGCUGACGAUUUAUUUUAUUGCUUUAAAACCGGGUAAGAUAUGCCAAUGAAAUUUGGCGGGUUUUAAGCCGUAGUUAUUGCGCAAUUUUUGACAUACAAGUAAGAAUUUUAUAUUCACCAUUGGCGCGCCUACGCGUAUAGUCUGAAAUUUUUUAAAGAUAAAAAUGGUACGCCACUGAUAUAUUUCAAAUAAAAAAUCGUUUUUGAAUUCAAUAGAAAAAUAUACGGUUUCGUUUUGAUUCGAAUCUGUCUCCUGCCAUCCCCCGAUAGCGCUAUUUCUAGGUCUACCUGUUGUCAUGUUUUUGAAUUCCUCGUUCAAUUUGUGACCAAAAAUCUAUCUUCCCUUUUUUUUCAUGCGACGCGAAGCUUCGUUUUCAUGCGAAAAAUAAAAAAUAUUAACGCUUACAAAGUUUUCGAGGAAGUUUCUAUAUGAAUGUGUAGAAACUUAUUUCGAAUACUUUGUAAGCGUUAAGAUAUUUUAUUUUUUGCAUGAAAACGAAGCGUCGUAUGAACAAACGGUAAGAUAGAUUGUUAGAAAUUGAACAGGAAAUUCAAAAAUAAUUUUUAAUUUGAAAUAUCUCAGUGGCGUACUAUUGUUUUUUUCUUUAAAAAAUUUCAGACCAUUACCGGUACGCGCGCCAAUAGUGAAUAUAAAGUUCUCAAUUGUGUGUCAAAAAAUGCGCAAUAACUAUGUCUUAAAAACCACCAAAUUUCAUUUGCACACCUCAACCGGUUUUAGAGCAAUCAAUAAAUCGUCAGUUUGUAAGAAAAAUAACACCCCGUAUCUCGGAAACAAAUGAAGAUCGAAUAACAACAGUUAUUUUUAAUUAUUAUUACGUAUAUUAUACAGUCUGAAAGUUUGGUGCGUUUCUCCCCGCUCACCCUGUAUACUGGGAUGCUUAUCUGUGGAUAUGGAAGUUAUUUUAUGGUAUUGUUGGCUCACCCUGUAUGUUCUUUUGAAGAUAUUGUUUACGAUAUGAUAAUUUCGGUACCUAAUUUAGUUGUAAUAUAAAUUAAAUUUUUUUACGAUCAUAACCAAGGUAGAGUUUAAGUGAAUUUAUAGUUUAUUUCAUAUAUGUUAAAUUUUUAAUGAUAAUUUCUUCAUCUGUUAGAUUUUAAAACGAAAAAUCGACUUGAAUUAACUCAUUCGCAAAAAGUUAGAAAAAACGUAAUUUUUCUCAUAAUUUUUAAUACAAAAAAUACAGUUUAUCCGAUCCCCUUUUUUAAAAGAAAAAUAGCGUUUAAAAAAUGGACAUUCUAAAAAAGAUUUUUAUAAAAUAUUUUUGUGAGAAAAAUUACUAAGGUUGAAGUUUCAUUUCAAUGAAGUGUCCUUUUGUUUAUUUUUAAUGAUUAGUAUAGGAGUGAUAGUAACUAUAAAAAAAGGAAAAAAAAUAUUAAAUUUUUGUCUAUUUUCAAAUUUAUUGUACUAUGUACUCUAUAUUUUAUUUACUUAAUAAAUUAUUUGUGUGACUUAUA